AUGGUAGUGAGCUCUGAACAAGAACAGCUACUGCUCUCCCGUGGCACUCGUAGUGUCGCAGCACCGCAGUGCUCCAGGACGGACAGAGCCCGUGGUGCGAGGCUCGGCGCGCGGCUCGGAGCUGCCUCGCCUGGGUCAGAGGAGGGCACUGUUCGAAGGAUUAUUAUUGAGAAUCCUGAUCAGGAGAAGCAGUAUCAAUUUUCCCACCAAUGUCAGAUUCCCCAGCAAGCCGACCAGUGCCAUGUUGCCCAGCCCUGCCAGCCCGCUGAGCAGUCCCAAGUCACUCACCAGUGCCAGCAGACACAGACCUGUAGCCCUUGUGAAAUAACUCCGGUGAGCGAUGACUGCAGAGGAAAUACAGUGAGGAGAGUAACAGUUCAAACGUGUGAACCGGAUCUUUCCCUCUUGCCAGUCAAGCUGCUGUUCGGCAGCACGUGCGGCCAUGCGCUGCGAGCAGUGAAGGCGGCUGCCUCUCGCAGCCAGGGCAGGGAGGGAAGCCGAGUGAACAGACUGCCUGCACCUGCAGUGAACCAGGCCACAAGAGUCACUGGAACCCACGGUACUUGUCAAGGCAUUGCGUAUGUGGCAGAAAUACUGAAUGAAGAUAUUGAAGAUUUAAUUCCCAAAGGACUGUCUGAGGCAACAAAGCAGCAGAUUCGUUAUCUCCUCCAGAUGAGAGUGACAUCCGAUAAGUCUUUGAGACUUGUGCUUUCCACCUUCAAAAAUUUGCGCGAAGAGCUUUGCCACUUGCAGGAUGACCUGGGGAAGUUAGAAACUGACAGUGUCUUACUUAAGAAGGAUUUGGCUUUUAAAGAUUCUCAAGUAAAAGAAUAUGAAACCAUGUUGACUUCUCUGAGAGAGAAUAAUCGUCAGCAGCAGCAAGGCCUCAGAGAGAGUACUGCAAAAUGUCGCUCUCUGGAAGAACAGCUCCUCUCUCUUCGGCUCAGUGAGGGAGAAAAGGAUUGUCAGCUAAAGGAACUGGAGUACUGCAAGCGUGCCUUGGAGCAGGAGAUCCAGAGCCUUAAACUACAGACCUGCUCUAGUCCAACACUGCAGACCACCACAGAUGAACUCUCCAGCCGCUACGUAGAGAUGAUCAAUAACUUGAGAGAGGAUAAAGAUCGCGAGAUCCGCAGUCUUAGGUCUCAGUUAUGCCAGUUCCAGCAAGAUAUAUCAAGAAGAGAAGGAAGUAACAGUGACUUGCAAAUCAGGCUGCAUGAACUGACAACGAUGUUGGAGGAGAAAGAUGCUUUUAUUAAACAACAGCAAGAGGACCUCUUCAGAUUGAAGCAUGAGAAAUUAUCAGGCAGUCAGUCUCCCGGUGUAACAGCUAUCAUCACUAAGAAGUACAGGAAUCAGUACCCUAUUCUGGGUCUCCUGUCUGACGACUACAAGGUUACAUCACCUGUCAAUAAAUCACAAACUAUUGUAAUUGAGAGGACUGGAGAGAUAUGGAAACACCUACAUUCCUCUCUCCUCACGCUGCGAAGUGACGAUACAAAUUGGAAGUCCCCUACAAGCUGCAUGGUUGGUUUCCACACAGACAGAUUCACAGGUUGCCGCUUUAGCUGCUGCUGCCUAUUGAAGCUGAAGCAAACCCCAAAACCCACCUUCAUGGGGGCACGUCACAAACGCCUUGCUGAAAAACGCUUACCUUACGCCAGCCUGUGUACAGGAAGCUAA